AAUCAACGGAAGACGAAAUUACCGAUAAAUUCGCCGAUUUCGGCGAAAUAAAAAAUCUUCACCUGAAUUUAGAUCGAAGGACAGGUUUUGUUAAGGGAUAUGCGCUCGUCGAAUAUGAAACUUACAAAGAAGCUAAAACUGCAAUUGAUGCCGUAAAUGGCACUAAACUUCUUGGUAAAACCCUGCAUUGUGAUUUUGCUUUUAUAAGAGCACCCAUGGCUACAGCUUCAGGAAUAGAGAGGGAUUCACGAGAUCGUAGUACAGCAAGAAACAGGACGGCCGGUAGACGACGCGGAAGAUCGUCGAGUCCAUCGAAGAGAUACUGA